CCCCUCACAGAUUGGCUCCGUUUUCUGUACCUCGGUGCGCAGACCUCGUGUUCAAUAGGUCCUGCAUUGUGUAUCGUGACUGGCGUUAACUUUUACUCGCGAAUACUAGUAACAAGAUACUAGAGACAAGGAACAGAGGGAGAAAACGUCUACAGGGAAAACGGAAGAGAAAUACGAAGGAGAACGAAGUAGUGAUGAAAACUAGCGUGCAGUGAAGUAAACAAACAAUGGAAUGCCUGAAGGGGAAUAUUGGAGACAGAAAGAGAAAGAUCAAUCACAGCCUUAACAAAGUAAUAUCAGGAAAGAGAUAGGCCUACCCAUUACAUAGAACAGGGUACAUAUAUGCCAUUGAUGUAAUAUUCUAGUGAAGAGGACGUAAAAUACUACAAGGAAAGGAACAGGAAUACGAGAAAAGAAGCGCGGAAGAACCAUAAUUGGCGUGUUAAAAAGGACUGAAAAACCACCGUAUUGCAGGAACCAACGAUCGAGGAACAACCGCAAAACAGGGUUCAUGGAAAGCAGCAGCAGCGAGGGCCGAUGGAUCAAUCCCUUAGCCCCUGUAGAACUAUUUUUCGAGGGCGGUCAUCAGCAGGGAACCUUUAUGGUCUGUUAUCAUCUGAUUCUCAAUACGGCUCAGCCCUUAAGCGAGGAGAAGAUUCAACAGACGCUUCUUCAUCUCUGCAGAAAGGUGUUGAGUUUACGUCUCUGCAUUCAACCUAGAAAUGGCGUCCAGUGGUUUCGGGAAAUCACCAAACCUCAGCUGGAUUUCCAGGAAAUAGCUGGUGGUGAUGUCCAGUCCGUAAUAGAUGGUUUGCGUCAGUACAGAUAUGAUGUGACUUCAGGACCCUUGUGGUGCAGCAGACUUCUGUAUGACGUCACAACCGAUGCAACAGAAAUGGACAUUCCCGAAGGACUUGAAUACAUGACUCAUCUGUUCUUAGGGUUUCACCAUGGCUUGCAUGACGCGACCUCUAAUAUCAAAGUUUGUGGCUGGUUUGUUGAUAUCCUCAAUGAUGUGAUUGCCGGAGUGCCUGUCGACGAUGACAUACAGCUAGGAAACUAUGCAUCCCAUGAACAGACCGACAGGCUGGUGGCAGAGAAGAAGAAGAUCCUUGAGGUUAAUUCGAAGCUGAAGUCGGAACUGGUCUACGAAACUGUCGCGAAGAAGAGUGGCUUGUCGCUCCUGAGAAUGAUCAACCCCGUAGCCCUAGGGAGUGAGAAGAACGGCAAAGCGCUUCACCUGAAACAUAUGUUGGACAGGCCUACCACGAGUCGUUUCCUGAACAAGUGCCGAGCGGAGGGCGUGACUGUCCACGCUGCAUUCACCGCCCUUGCUAACGUAGCUCUGCUUGAUAUAGUGAGGGAGAAAGGUAUCCUUAUAGAUGACUGUAUCAUGACGAGCUCCCACGUUGUCAACAACAGACGUUAUUGGAGGGAUCCCAUACCUGAUGCCAUGGGAUGCCAUGUUUGUUUUCCUCUGCUGGAUCUUCAGACUUUAACACCUCAAAAUGCGAGUAAGAACUUUUGGAACUAUGCCCGAUCCGUCCACAUAGACCUGAAGAAGCAGCUGGAUUCAGGUAAACCACUUCUUCAAACUGCACUGGACAAUUCCUCGCCAAACCAAGACUUUUCAGACUAUUACCAGAUGACAGCAACUGGAUUAUCAAAUUAUAGCACUUCCAACAUGGGUGACGUAACUCCCAUGAUUUCACAAGAAAGAGAAAACGUCAGGUUAACAUACUUUUAUCGAACUAUAUCCGUGAAUCAUACGAGCAAUACCUUAUCCCACAUAAUGCACACGUAUAGGGGAUAUUUCAUCUAUGUUAUGGACUACAACACCGGAACUGUUCAGACAAAAACAGCAGAAAGACUUUGCCAAAAGAUUUUCACUCAUCUAGAGAAAGUUUUGAAAGACAAAAAAAUUAUUCCACCAAAAGUUCCUCUCCCACGGUCUCACACAAUUUUCACCGACGUAGAGGAAGUAGUAUAAGUAAAGAUUAAGCGAAAAUAACGAAUGUUUUGGUGAAUCACUUCUGGAUUGUUGAUUUAGAGGACGACUUGACUGAGAAUCUUAAUACCUAGGAAUAUGCGCAGUUCAGAUGCCUAAUAAAUCAUUGUUUGUUAUUCCCGUUCCAUUUGUAAUAAAAUAUUUCGAUUACUAUUCCAGAAAUAGCCAAAUUUUGUGUAACUUCCGUAUAUACAGUGGGGUAGCUUGUGGUGUACGUGAUCCUUCCUUAAUAUCCAUAAGCCGCUGAAUCUUGUAGAAAAGGUAUGAAUGAGGAUGCAUAUUUUCACAAUACAAGAGGUGUAUUUGACCGGUUUCGAUUAUAUCUUAGUCAGAAAUUCAUGCCAUACAUCAUGUAUAUCUGACGAAGAUAUAAUCGAAACCGGUCAAAUACAUCUCUUGUAUUGUGAAGAUAUUCAUUCUCAUUCAUACCUCUUCUACAUUUGUCAUCAUGAAUACGGUUCAUCUGCUGAAUCUUCACUGUUGAACAAUUAAACAAUUACUCAUAACUGGUAAACCUUAAAGGCCUUUUCUUGCCAUACCCCCCCCCCCCCGUUACUAGAAUUCUGGCUACACCUCUGCAUAUAUCUGAGAUGUAUUAACAUGAUUGUACAGUAAUUGUGAUUAAUAUCAACUGCACUACCAUGUUUAAAACGCUUGUAAUGAUAAAACGUUGUGACAUUUUAUGUUAAGUUACUAGAAGUAAAAUUGUCUUAUAGAAGUCUAUCGCAAAUUGACUACUUCCACUGUU